AAUGACAGUAAAAAUUGAAAACAAGCCAUUUUCAACAAUUAAAACACUUAUUUUGGUUUUUUGUUAAAUAAUUAAUAUAUGUUAACAGUUUCCAUGUCUUUCUAUCAAAAAGUAUUUUCCAUCUCAACCAUAUCUUAUAUUGCGGGUUCGGGUUGAGUUCUACUUCAAGAAUUGACAUGUGGGUUAUCCAUAUUGCGAAUUAAAUUACAAAAUAUAUCAUUGAGAAGUUCUUUUUGCAGGAAAUGCUUGAACUUUCUUUUUUUUUUAAAUAUGAAUUUAAACAGUAAAACUGUUUUGUUUUUGUUAAUUUACCUACCUUACAGAUUUGAAAUCUUUGGUUUGAUUUUUUAAUGGAUUUGCUACUACAAAUUCUUACAAAAUAUAAUAUUUUGUAUGUAGCAAUCUUUUAAGUGCCAAGUUGGUAUAAAGUUGGAGAGAGUUUGCAUUUUUUUACAAUAGAUUAUUAACUUAGGAUUAUAUGAGUAAAAAUGUAUCUUGACUUCUCUGUUGACUAGUUGACGUGUAUUAGAUUAUAUAGCUUAAUGUAUUGUUUUUAAUCAUAAAAAGAUAAUCAACAAUAUAAUUCAUUUCAAAAUGUGUGUUUGAGAAGUAAAUUGUAAGAUACUGAUAAUCAAUAGUUUAUUUAUUUUGAUAAUCUUGUAGGUAAAAUAUAUUUGAAUUAAAAAUUUGGAUAUUUUAUAUGAAAAACUAAAAAAUAAUACUAGGUGAAAUGUUACAUGAAUCCAAAUGAGAACUCUUAAUCAUAAAUGUGUGAAAUUUUCCGUCUAAAUUUAUUGACUGUUUUGAAAAACAAUUUAGGAUCUAAAGAGGAGGAAUAUUAAUGUUACAUGAAACAAGUCUGUAUGAGAUGAAUGAAUGAAAGAUAUAAAAUAUGUGCAUUAAAAUGAGAAAAUCUCUUCUAUAAUAGUUUCUGAUCUAUAUAAAUCACAAAUGGGCACUGAAUCUGUAGAUUGGCUAAUAAAUAAAAUUAAUGAGAAAAUAUCCUAUAUCAUAGUUUAUGAUCUAUUAGAUUCUCUAAACACAAAUGGAAAUGAAUUUGGUAGAUUACAGAAUUUUUUAAAAAAAAUCUCAGCAUGCGCGUUGCAAUUAAUUUACCACCAUCCCACAAACCUUAUAUAUACCAACACAUUAGAUUGCCAACUAAUAAAAAAAACUCAUCAUUUCACUUCAAAUACAAAGACGAUGGCUUCUAUAUUCUUUUCAGUUCUCUUGGCUCUAUCAGUACUCUCUUCACCCUUUCUCCUAAACGCAAACGCUCAUACAAAACUUGGCUUCAGCGCGGAUCUGAUCCACCGCGACUCUCCUAAAUCGCCUUUCUACAAUCCGACAGAAACCUCUGCUCAGCGUCUAAGAAACGUGGUUCACCGAUCCGUAAACCGUGUUGUCCAUUUCAACGGAAAAGAUGCAUCAGUUAACUCACCUCAAACUGAGAUAACCUCAGAUGGAGGUGAAUAUCUCAUGAAUAUAUCGCUGGGGACUCCUCCCUUCCCGAUCAUGGCGAUCGCUGACACGGGAAGCGAUCUCCUAUGGACCCAGUGCAAGCCAUGCGAUGACUGUUACACUCAGGAUGGUCCUCUUUUUGACCCUAAAGCGUCUUCUACAUACAAAGACGUUUCUUGCUCCUCAAGACAAUGUACUGCCCUUGAGAAUCAAGCCACUUGUUCGACAGAAGACAACACUUGCUCCUACACUUUGUCUUACGGGGACAAGUCUUACACAAAGGGUAAUGUUGCCGCCGACACCGUAACGCUUGGCUCCACUGAUAACCGCCCCGUGCAGCUCAAAAAUAUCGUCAUUGGAUGUGGUCACAAUAACGCUGGAACAUUCAGCAAGAAGGGCUCUGGAAUCAUUGGACUUGGUGGCGGUUCGGUUUCGCUCAUUUCGCAACUCGGAGACUCAAUCGAUGGCAAAUUCUCGUACUGCUUGGUCCCUCUCUCUUCAGAUAACGAUAAAACAAGCAAGAUCAACUUUGGAACUAAUGCGGUUGUGUCGGGAAAUGGAACUGUCUCAACUCCAUUGAUCACAAAAUCGCAAGCAACAUUCUAUUACCUAACCCUAGAAUCCGUUAGCGUGGGUAGCAAGAGUAUCAAAUACCCAUCGGUAUCAGAUUCUUAUGGAAGCAGCGGCAAGGGGAACAUCAUCAUCGACUCUGGCACAACUCUGACCAUGUUCGCAACCGACUUUUACUCCGAACUCGAAGAUGCGGUUGCGUCCUCAAUCGAUGCUGAGAAAAUUAACGAUCCACAAAACGUGUUGAGUCUGUGUUACAGCGCAACCGCUAAGCUGAAUGUUCCAGUCAUUACUAUGCAUUUCGAUGGAGCAGAUGUGAAGUUAGACUCCUCCAAUGCCUUCAUACAAAUCUCUGAGGAUUUGGUUUGCUUCGCCUUCCGUGGGGACGACCAGUUGGCCAUUUACGGGAAUAUAGCACAGAUGAACUUCCUUGUUGGCUACGACACCGUUUCUAAAACGGUCUCAUUCAAGCCAGCAGAUUGUGCAAAAAUGUAGCUGGUUCCGCUCCACCUGCCUAGUUUUUCUUUCCUUUCAGAUUAUAUAGUUUUAUUACUAUUAUAUUAAUGGCUGAAUUCAUUUUAGCCUCGUUUCUUCUUUUAAAAUUAUGAUUAUGUAGAAUCCUUAAUUUAUUUCAUUAUGAUACAAUAUUAUUGGCUCUCUUCACAAUUGCAUAUUUAUCUUACCACUAUUUAAUAGGAAUGACUUGAUAACUUUAGAAAACCAUGCUUUCUAAUAUUGUUUUUCUAAGCGGUGUUAGAACAUCUCCACGGCUCAGAACCAUGGGUUCUAAUGAAUAGUUUAAUUGUAAAUUUUGUAAUUUGUGAAGUUUACAACCCCU